AUAUAAAUAUCAAUAGAAUUUCUUUGAGAAGAUACAGUCUGUAGAGAUCGCUGUGAAAAGUGUUAAUUUAAAUAAUUUUUGUUGAUUAUUUUCGAGUUGAAGUGUAUUUUAAUUUGGAAACAUGAAAUACAUCGUACUUUUAGUAGCCUUUGCUGGAUGCUCCUUCGCCGCUCCACAAGUACAACCAACCACAGAACCGAUUCCAAUUUUAAAACAAGAACAAGAAAUCAAUUUUGACGGUUCGUACAAAUGGGCUUAUGAAACUGGGAAUGGAAUUGCAGCUGAAGAGCAGGGAUUUUUGAAGAAUGCUGGAGUACCCGACCAAGAAGCACAAGUUGCCCAAGGACAAUUUAGUUACACUGCCCCAGAUGGUCAAGUGAUUAGUCUACAAUAUAUCGCUGACGAAAAUGGAUUCCAACCACAAGGAGAACAUUUGCCAACACCACCACCAAUCCCACCAGCGAUCCAACGAGCUCUCGAAUAUUUAGCCAGUCUGCCACCAACAACAGAGGCACCGAUUCGACGACAAUAAGAAAUCUCUCAUCUGAUAAUUAACAUCUCAGAAUUAAAUUAUUUUUUGCUUUUUAUAUAUUUUUGUGAAAAAAUGUGGCUGUUUAAAUCUGUUUCAAGCAUUCUCUUGUAAAUUUGAAUUUAUUUUUACUUUUUAUAUUUUUUGAUUUAAUUUUUUCUUAAAAAUACGAUCGACCAACCUCAAUCAGUAUUUAUAAUUUCUAUUAUUUCGUCUAUGAAACACACAACCAAAUUGUAAUGUAAUUAAAUUAAAUUUUCAUUCAUUGUUUUGUUGAGAAAAGAAAUGAAUUAUUUUACAUUGAUAAUUCAGUGUUUUAUGUAAAUAAAUUGUAUAUUAAAAAAAAACAA